GCCGCCGCCAUGUCACGCAGGGCCGCGGCCUGCUCCUCUUCGCGGCGCCGCGCCUGCCCCGCCUGCCGGGAGUACUCGAGGUAGAGGCACAGCCCCCCCACGCCGAACACGAUGGCUUCCCCCAGUAGCUCGGCCCCCAGCUCGGCCGCCGCCUCCUCGUUCAGCGGUUUGACGGCGGCGCCGCGGAAGCCCAUGAUCCGCAUCUUGGCGCGCAUCUCCACCCAGUGGUACACUGCGGGCCGCCAGACAUCACCGCUCGUCCCGUUCGCUCGUCUCCUCGCGGAUGCCGCCUCCCCGUCUCUCAUUGGCCCCCGGCGCUGUCACUCACCGCCCUCCCUUCCGAUCUGCCCUCCCAUUGGCCGUUGCCCCACCCGCGCCCCGCCCACCGUUGGCCCCUCAGCCCCUCCCGCCCUCGUCUCCCUGAGCCCGCCCUCAGCGCGCUCCCAUUGGCCGCCUCCCUACCGCCUCGCCCUCCCAUUGGCUAUAGCGUUUCACCUCAGCCCCUCCCUCAGCUUCCGCCCUUCUCUCCCCUAUUCCCGCCCCCUUCUCUCUCCCAUUGGCCGCCUCCCACCCACCUCGCCCUCCCAUUGGCCGCCCCCCUUCCCUUCGCCUCCUCCCGCCUUUUCCCCCCCGAUCCCGCCCCCUCUCCCUUCCCAUUGGCCAGCUCUCCCCAGCGCUUCGCCCUCCCAUUGGCCGCCCCCCUUCCCCUCGGCGCUCACGCUGUGCAGGCGGCAGGCAGAUGUAGGUCCGGAAGAAGGGGCUGGCGCGGGCCCCGGCCUUGAUGCGGGCGGCCAGCGGGCGGCUGAGCUGGCGGGCGCCGAGGGUCAGCAGCUUGGCGAUGGGGAAGGCGCCCGCCACCAUCGUCCGAACGCCGGAUGAUGACGUCAGAGCCGCGCGACUCCGCGGGCGGGGCGGGGCUACGCGGUGGUCACGCCCCGCCCCCUUCUAGGCCACGCCCCUUUCUGUGUCCCGCCCCGCCCGUAGGGAUUGGCCGCCACUUAGCCACGCCCCCAGCUAGGCUCCGCCAAUAGGCUGCCUUUCCUGCGCUCUGCCACGCCCACACGGGUUAGGCCACGCCCACGGGUGCGGUCCGGCCCGGCGUUAACCCGUUGAGUGCCGGAUUGAAUUGAGAGCGCAGCCACAGUGGGGAGGCGGAGUUAUGUAAAUGAGGUGGGAUGUGACGGGUGGGGAGGAGAGGGGCGGAGCCUUAGGGGCGAAGAGGAGCCCCGAACUGAGCCGGAGGUACCGUCGGUAUCAUGGGACCCCCCCUCCUCCGCCGGGUCCUGCGUGGGGCGGAGGGUGAGCGCUCAGCCGCAGCCACAUUGGCCGCCUGGCAGCAGUACCGCCACGCCUGCGAGCUGCGCCUCCUCCACGACCCCCCGGCCCCCGGGCCCGUCUGCAACCGCAGCUUUGACAUGUAUGUGUGCUGGGGGGACGCGGCGCCCAACAGCACCGCCACCUCCCCGUGCCCGUGGUACCUCCCGUGGCACCACCGAGUGCAGGGCGGGGUGGUGGUCCGGCGCUGUGGCCCCGACGGGCAGUGGGUGACGGACGGCAGCGGGCGGCCCUGGAGGGACCAUUCGCAGUGCGAGGAUACGGAGCAGGAGACGCCGCUGCAGCGGCAGGCCUGGCUGCUGGAGCAGUUCCGCCUGGUGUACACCGUGGGUUACUCCGUGUCCCUCAUCUCCCUUCUCCUCGCCCUCCUCCUGCUGCUGCUCUUCAGGCGCCUGCGGUGCACCCGUAACUACAUCCACGCCAACCUGUUCCUGUCCUUCGUGCUGCGGGCCGGCGCCAUUUUGACACGGGACGCUCUGCUGCACCGCCAUCUGCGGCCCGGGACCACCGACCCACUGCAGGUCCUCAGCCAGGAGGCGGUGGCCGGGUGCCGGCUGGCGCAGGCACUGACGCAGUACUGCGUCGGGGCCAACUACGGGUGGCUGCUGGCUGAGGGGCUGUUCCUGCACAAGCUGCUGGUCCUCGCCACCUUCUCGGGUGACCGCUGCCUGCCCGCCUUCCUGCUGCUCGGAUGGGGAGCCCCCGUGCUCUUCGUGGUGCCGUGGGUGGUGGUGCGUUACCUCUACGAGAACGAGGGGUGCUGGGAGAGGAACGAGAAGGCGGCGGUGUGGUGGAUCAUCCGCUGCCCCAUCCUGAUGGCCGUGGCGGUGAAUUUCGUGGUGUUCGUGCGCAUCGUCCGCAUCCUGGUGGCCAAAGUGAGGGCGCAUCAGGUGGCCCGAGGGGACUGCAGGGUCAGGUUGGCCAAGUCAACCCUGACGCUGAUCCCCCUGCUGGGGGUGCACGAGGCCGCGUUCGCUCUGCUGGCGGAGGAGCGGGCGGGGGGCACCGUGCGCCUCGUGAGGCUCUUCCUGCAGCUGCUGCUGUCCUCCUGCCAGGGCCUCAUUGUCAGCGUCCUCUACUGCUUCGUCAACAAGGAGGUGCAGGCGGAAGUGCGCCGCGGGUGGCAACGGUGCCGCUUGGCCACCUCCUGCCCACCCCACACCGCUCGCGGACCCCCCCGUGGACCCCCCCGGCGCCCCAACCGCUACGUGGCCGUGGGGGGGGCACACCCCCACCCCACACCCCAGGACCCCGCGGGGCACCCUCUGGCUGAGAGCUGCUGCUGAGUGGCCGGGGGGAGGGAGGGGGAGGGGGGCAAU